UUAUGAUCACUGGCAUCUGAGAUAUUGACGUUUGCUUGCGUGUUUCCUUGAAAUUUUUUUUUCCAAUUUAUGAUAAAGAAAGUCGUAUCUUAAAAUGGCUUUCGCGCCGGAACUGAGGACGCACGCUCAGAAAGUCUGCAGUCUUUACAAACAGGCUAUGAGACAGAUUGAAUCCUACUACGGUCAGAGGAACGUGGUACGCUACCAUCAAGUCAUUCUUCGUUCUCGUUUCGAUGCGAACAAAUGUGUCUCUGAUCCCAAAGACCAGCGCCGGCUGUACUGGGUCGGGGAGCACGAGCUGUUCCUCACAAAACAUCCGCUUCCCAUCGCCAAGUUUGCUACGAGCGUGGGUAUCGCUGGUGGAGUCGCUUAUCAGAGAGUCAUCGAGCCCCCGGACUGGGUGGUGGACUAUUGGCAUCCCCUGGAGAAGGCUCAAUACCCGGAGUACUUCCAGACCAGAGAGAUCAGGAAAUGCGAGUACAUCGCCAAGUGGUACAAAGGAGAAAUGAUGUAACGAGUCGAGGAGUGUGCACGUGUUACGAGUUCUCGUUAAACGUUGAUGUCGGCUGUUUGCACUACAAACUGUUUGUAUCUAGUCUGGCAAUGGAAACUCGUACUAACAGAACGGAACCGAUUGGGCGUUUUAUAUAGAAUAUAACAAAUCCCGUGUGUAUUAGACUUAUUUUUAGUAACGUGUUGUCAUCCUUAUGAGGUUUCAUCCACCAGGAACUGACUUGGUGACAACGAAACUAUGUCAGAAUAAUAAACUUUGAUUAAUAGA